GGGUUUUGUGAUAAUUUCCUCAGUAAAAAUGUUGAUUAUUCGUGGUGUUUUACCUUAAUUAAGCUGUGCUAUUUCAGUAUAACCAUGACUGCUUCUUUUGAAGAUUUAGUUCAAGAUUUUGAUCUCAGUUUACUACGACAAACAGGACAUACACCCAAUUAUGAUUUUCCAAAUAAACCAGAAAAGCUCCACCAAAUAGCCAACCUGAAGAAGAGAAUUAUACAUACCAGUUCUCUCAUACACAAAUAUCAUGCAAGCCAAGAAGAAAUAAGUAAUCUGAAUGCAGUGGUGUUAGAAAGCAAAGAGAAGCAUCGUAUAAGUGUUGAACACAAUGCAUUAUCACAACAAAAAUGUACACAACUGGAAAAGGAUUUGGAAAUGCUUCAACAGUCCAACAAAGACUUAGUAGAAAAGGUGAUGAUUUCCGAAAGUCGUAUUGCAGCGAUGCAGUCUCAUACAUAUCAGCUUGAGACACUAAUAAAAGAACAUGAAACAACAAUAUUAUCGACGAGAAAAAAGUUUAUCUCAGAAAAAGACAAGCUUAAAGAUCUUCAAAACAAGAUCACAGAACUAAAUAAGCAGAAAAAAGUUUUUAUGAAACAUCUAGCCAUCUUUGCAAGCGUCGUAUUUGAAAGAAGAAAGCUGAGCCAGAAGAAAAAAGCAAAAUUUGAAAUCUACAAGAAUUCAAGUCUCUACAAAGAUGAUGACAUCUUCAGCGACGAGGAAAUAGAUGGUGCAGUUACUUCACCAUUUGAUUCCAAAGAGUUUCUCAAUAACAACAAUUUACAGGACCUUAAUUGUGCAAUUCAAGUGAAUGUGAAGGAAUUGGAAAAUCUUGGAGAUAACAUAAAGAAAGGUUUAUUUGAGUUAGAGACUAUUGACAUAGGUAGUAUUGAUACUGGUAGAGGAUCAUCUAUUGCCUCCAGUCCACCAGAAUAUUUCCCUGACAGUCCUUUAAACGUAGAAGAUGUGAAGAAUAAAGUGAAAUUGAUGGAUAAAAGCACAAGUCCGCCUAGAUUUGAACCUUUAAGCCCAACAAGGAAACCCAAAACAACUUUUGCUGAUAAUUCGACAAAUCAUAAAAUCAUAGUAGAUAAAGCGGUCAGUCCAAUAAAGUUCACUGAUUCUUUGAAAUUUGACAAAUUUGGCCAGACAAGCUCCACAUUUCACAAUGAUAAUAUUGCAAAGUAUGACGUUCAUGAAAGUAACAAUGAUAGGGAAAUCGAACUGAUAUUCCGGAACAUGCGAUUUGAACACAGCUUGAUAACACCAAUGCCUACGUCUCCGUCGAGAUUAAGCGAUGUCGAAGAUCGAAGUCUGUCCACCAUAUUUGAAUCAUGUGAGGGUGCAGAUCUUGCGAAACUAAACGAUGAAAAUAAGAAACUUCAGUCAAAUAUUGUGUUGAUAAAGAAAGAAAUGAUGAAAUUAAAGAGAUUCGUACAAAGAAUGGGUUUGGAUGACGAGUUUAAUGAGUAUGUGGGUGUAUCAUUAAUAAAUGAGAUAAAUGCUGAGGAUACUGUUGCUUUAGAGAUUGCUGAAAUGGAAAAUCGUGCGAGUCCAGUGCGUUCUAUUGACAACGACGAUAAUAUUACUCUAGAUCUAGAUGAUUAUGAGGAUCAUGUUACUCCGCCUGUAAACAACGAUGAUGUGUUGUUGUUUGAGCCAGACAAGACGCUAUUAGCGACGCUAACAGAAGAACAAGACUCUUCAAAUGUUGAAUGUACUGAAAAUGGUCAAUUUGCUUCGUGUAAGGAUUGUGAAGCCAGCAAAAAGACGGCUAAGGCGAGAAAACUAAGUAAGCUUGAUAAACUGAGAAAGAGAAUGUUACCUAAAAGUAAAAUUAGAAGGCUUGGGGGUCCACCUAAAAGAUUACUACGCAGUAUGACAAAGCAAUUGUCGCCUUAUAGCAGAUCAUCGCCAGUUUUAUCGAAGCAACAAGAAGCCUAUGCUAAAGCAGUGCUUAUUUGGAAACAGAUGAGCUCUAAACAAAAAGUUAUUUAUGAAAAAGGCAAUGCAAAGCCCUCAAUUAGUAAAGAAACCAAAAAUUCUAAUGGACAUGAAUACAAAACUCAAUCGAAAAAUGAAUUGUCUUCAAACAAACAGACUAACACAUCAUGGAAAAUUAGCGAAACGGGAAAUGAGAAAGAAUCCUACGGUAUUAGAACAAGAAAGUCAUCAAUUUCAUUACCUGAUAGUCCAUUUCCUGAUCAUAACAAUAUUAAUAGUAUAAAGUCAGACGAAGCUUUAUUUAUGGCCUCAUUAAGCGAAAAAGUGCAGAAAUUACAAAAAGAGCAUACUAAUAUUAUAAAUACCUUCAAAAAUACCGUGCAGUUAUCGAGCGGUGCAAAAUCGCUCAAGGUUAAUUCACCUGCGGAAUCUGACAUACGAUCUAAGACAAUUUUGCGAAGUUCAUCAACUACAGAAAGAAACGAAGAUAAUUCAAAUAAAUCAAAUACUGAUAAUGUGGUUUUACGUUCCGAUCUCAAAUCUCCAUCUAAAAAUGACCCUGAGAACAUAAAAAUACAAACCAGAGGGAGUAUAAGACGAGCUUCUCAGGAGGCUAGGGAGAAAAGCGAUGAAGAAGAAAUUUCAAAUAACAAAGAUACACAUAUUGAAAAUGUGAAUUCUCCAGAACGCCGAGGACGGCAUAAACAUUUAAACAAAACAGAAAUACAAUGUAGGAGAAUACUUCGUAGUUCUAAUCAGCUGCCGGAUUCUCCAAAUAGUCGUGAAAGCCAGAAACUAGGCAGUUCAGUUUCUGACACAGAUACAAAACAGCACGGUGUUCCUUCCCAGCUACAGGGAUAUCAGAGUACAUCCACUGAUAAUACUUUAAUAUGUAGUGGUACAAAUAGUCGCCUAUCUUCGAUACAACAAUCGGACAAAAAGGCUCCACAAGAAGAUUGCGAUGAAAUUGAUAACGAUACAUCACCGCUGAAAAGGAAGGGUCGUAAACGAAAACUUCAGGAUAUCCCAGCAAAACAGAGUAAGAGAACAUUGCGUAGUUCAGCUGUUCUUCAGCCGAGCAUUGUAAACAAUAACGAUAAAAUGGUAGCUAAUCCAUCUUCAGCAACUUGUAAUGAGAUGAAACAUGGAGAUAAAGUGAAGUCACUUAUUGAUGAUACUGAAAAGGAAACCAAUAGGAAUUUGCGUAAUAAUAAGCAACAAUCUAAUGUCAAGAAUAAACUUGACAAUAACGCAGAUAAUAAAAAUAUUAAUAAUGAUUAUACUGAAACUAAUGCAACCACCAACGAAAAAGAUUCGAUUAUAUUCGUGACAUCUUUGGAAAAACAAUCAAAUGAACAUUCCAAUCAAGUUAUAUUCCAUGAGGCGAGUGAGGAACCAAAGAAUAAUUGUAAACAAAGUAUCGAAAAUGAUACUUACGUAAGUCACACUCGUAUAGUAGAUAACCGGCGAAAUAGUAUCAUAUGCAAAGCAAUAGAAAAGUAUAGAUUCAAUCACGCCACAAAUUCUAUGAAGAAAUUGCCAGAUGCUGUACUUGAUACAAUUAGUAAGAAGUUGGAAGAGAGCAUUGAGCAUAUUAUUAAACUACCUGUAAGAGACCGUAUUCAAGGAAUGAAUAAGUUGGUUGAAGAUAUAAGUAAUUUGAAAGAGAAACACUUCAUAGCUGGUUUAAUGAAGUACCUAUCUGACCCAAGUAGGAAGGACGAAUUGUAUAACAAAGAUAAUGUCCAUCCAGCACCAUCAAUGUCAAAAUCUGAACAAGUGUUAUUGUAUCUCUUGAAUAAACUUAAACGAGUUUGGCCAAAUAUUUAUGACUGUCUUCUAAAGAAUAUAGAAUACGCAUUGUUCAGACUAAACCGGACGCCCAAAUUUGAAAUAAUUGAAAGCAUGUCGCAUUUCUACGCCGUCGUCUGCCGGUACAUUGAUGAUAAGAGUCGUCUUAGACUUUUCCUUAUAUCUGCAAUGUACUGCAUUCAGUUCAAAUCAUACCCACUGAUAAAACAGUGCCUGGAAGUGUGGAUGCAUAUUUUGCCUCUGGCACAUAUGGGGAUGGCAAAGAGCCCUCUGGUUACCUGCUGCAUAUAUUUGUUACACUUCUAUAAAUGUGAGGAUAAAUAUAAUAGAGUACAAGACAUUAGGAACAUAUUAGCUAAAACCUACUUCUAUAAAACUACAGAGUGGAAUGAACCCAGAAUUUUGGAAAUGUUUAAGUCGGCAAUUGUUGACUUAAGAGACUCGCCUAUCGAAAGAAAAAUGUUGAGAUUAGCACUAAUAAUACUGGCUAAACGUCAUGGACCUCGUUGGUGCCAGAACAACAUUAUCAAAACUAUACUCAAACCCCUCAUUGAAAAAGAAAAUAUCCUUGAAAGAACAAAAGCGUUCUGCAUAUCAGUGUUGGGAGCCCUGCUCAAGCCAUACCCAGCCGAUAUGAAAGUCCAUUGUGAAAUUACAAUCAACGAGCUUCUUGACAUGUUGAAAGGCAAUCCUUCGUCCGCCAUACAGGAAGCAAUAUAUACAAGUUUGAUACAAAUAAGCAAGCAUAACCAGACUCGUGUUGUUCAAGCAUUGCUCUCUUGGUGCCCACAAACAAUUUCUCAAGAUAUGAAGAGUGUUAUCAAAAAUUUUGUGAAAGAAAAACCUGUGAAGAUCUGGAAGUCCGUCUUAUCCAAUAUACCACUGGUUGAGUAGAAGUCAGUGUGUUGGUAAAACAUUGUAGUGACCAAGUGUACUGACACGUGUGACAUCAUUCAUCAUUGUCAUCGUAUUUC